AUGGAGCUCGAACGGGCCACGGCGACCGCCUCCCCCCAACCCUCCCAAGGACCGACCCCAUCGCCCUGCAUGAGAGCUGCCGAGGCCCGCCUAGGCAAGCAACAGGACCAGCAGCAGCAACAGCAGCAGCAACAGCAGCAGCAAUGUCGACCCCAGCGGCUGUCCCCCACCAGCGCGCAGGCGCCAGACUCCACAACGCUCCCUCCACCACAGGAAGACAGAUCCGAGUCUCCUAUGAAGAGGCGCCGACGAAACCAUAGCCCUACGACUAGCGGAAGCAGAGACUACGACGUCGUGCUCAUCCAGGAACCGAACGUUUGGAUAGAAAAGAAGGCGGAGCCUGCAGGACCCAGACGCACCGCUCCUUCCACGCAUUCGCCCCAGAACGCGCCUGGGAACCGGAUCAGGCCCGAGAGUGAUCUCACACCCGAGCCACUCGACUACCUCCUCCACCAGCAGGACGUCCCCGAGAGAUGCCUCAUCGCGGGCGACUUCAACGCCUGUCAUUUCUCCUGGCAGCCUGGAGCCCGGAGUGCGAGGAACGGAAAGGACAUCGCCCAGUGGGCGGCCGACAAGGGGCUCGGACUGCUCACCACGCCAGGCGAGGCCACACACGCCCGCGGAAAUACCAUUGAUCUAGCCUUUGCCAAUAUCCCCUCUGCUGACGCGCUUAUCGAAGAGCACCUUCAUACCGGCUCGGACCAUUACACGAUCAGCAUUACGCUCCCCGGCGGAUUCCCCCAAGGACGAUAG